AAAAAUGGUAAAAACCCUAUUUUCCCCUUUUGUCUCCUGGUUAGAUCGGUCUGUUGCUCUCUGCGGGGUUAAUUUCCUCGGAGCGGAAAAGAAGAGAAAAAGGAAAUAAACAAAAAGAAAAGACGGCUCUUCGGCUGUUCCUUUGUUGGACGUCAAAACUCAACCAGAGUAUUACGCGAACCGAUUAGAGCUCGCGAGACCGUUUGGGACAAUCUUUGGCGAGGAGGGGAUUUGGAACUAAUCGGGUGUUGACAGAGAUCGUGAUCUCGGUUGUUUUUUGGUAUCUGCCGGUGGGUUUGGUGGUUCCGAUGAGGGAUUACGAUUCUUUCCGAUCAUGCAGGAUUUGGAAGAUUUCUUUGAUGGGUUUUUAUGGGUUUUGGUUUUCUGUGGUAGGUUCGAGAUAUUUUACACAUUUGAGUGAUGUCGGAUUUUAGGGAAGGGGGUUACUUUUGAGGGAAAUUGAGGGUUUACGGAGCGGAUUUUUGAUGCUCUCCGUGGGGAGUAGGGAUGGGAGGAAGGGGUUAGGUUUGGGUUUUGGUGUUGGAGGGGAGAUGGAAGAGACUGAGCUUGAAGAAGGCGAGGCUUGCUAUUAUCAGGGCGGCGACACAAGCAUCGACCCUGAUGUGGCUCUCUCUUACAUCGAUGAGAAACUUCAAGAUGUUUUGGGACAUUUUCAAAAAGAUUUUGAAGGUGGAGUUUCUGCAGAGAAUUUGGGGGCAAAAUUUGGUGGUUAUGGUUCAUUCUUACCUACAUAUCAGCGCUCUCCUUCUAUCUUGUCUCAUCCAAGGAGUCCAGAGAAAGUUCAGAAUUAUAGUGCUCCAAGGUCACCAAACAACUUCCUGUCGGAGGUUGGCUGUCAAAACUCCACAGUCCCAUCAAGUGCAUCCUCCCAGGAGAGGCCUGAACGUGCUUCCUUGAGCACUGUACCACCAUCCAUUUCAAGGGCUUCAUCUGUUGAUAAUUCAGUCAAAAGAGAUCCAUGCUCAUAUUCUACAAGGGAUGCAGGGGAACAUACUCCAAACCAAGAACCUCCGCAUAGGUCGGUUCCGAUUAAUUCAAGUGACCAGAAAACACUAAAGGUUCGCAUUAAAGUGGGCCCUGAUAACUUGGCUGCUCGAAAAAAUGCUGAAAUCUACAGUGGCCUUGGCCUUGAUAUUUCUCCAUCUUCAUCAUUUGAGGACAGUCCUGCUGAAAGUGGAGGUAUAUCUCCAGAGUCUCACGACUCUCUCGACAAAUCUCCCAUGAGAAUACUUCAGAUCAUGACAUCUUUUUCAGUCCCUGGUGGCCAAUUGUUGUCACCUCUUCCUGAUAGUCUGCUCCACCUGAUGGAAAAGGAAAAGCUUCUUGGAGAUGGUAGAGUUGGGCCUGCCCGGAAGGGUAGCAGAGAUAAUUCUUUGAUGGAAGCAGAUGACCCUUCUUCCAUGAGGCGGGAUGGGAAAUUAUUGGGUGAUAAGAAAAUGAAGCCAGUGGAGAAAAAUGGGAGAUCUGUAGAAGUGAAAAAUGAGAACGCUAAGGAUUCUAGCAAUGAUAUUAGUGCUCUCUUGAAGAAAGAAAUAGAUAUAGAGACCCCUGCAGGAAGGGAGCUUGUUUCUAAUGCCUUGAAGAUUUCAAUUAUAUCCAAUUUAAAAUGCCCUAUUGGAGAAACAGCAAAAGGUGUUUUUAAGGCAUCUGAUAUUUCCAGAGAAGCCAAUAAGGAUGUGGUAAAGGACAAGUACUUCUCACCUGAUUUUGCGAAGGAGGAAGGAUUGGAAUUGGCUUCCAGUCAGGAUCUAAACAGGGUUGAGAAGCGCAGUUUAAAAAUGUCUUCAACAGACAAAGUUUGCGAAGAUAAAAAAGACAGCUUUUACAAGGAUGCUUCAUUUGAACGUAAGAAGGAUAGGAGCAAAGAUGAGAGUGUAUGUGGCACAUCUAAAGUUGAAUCUGAUGCAUUGAAGGGAGGGAAAGAUCUAAAUGGUGGAUCUGUAAAUCCUCCAAAACAAAAAGUUGGUCUGAAAUCUACAUCCCAGGAGCAGGAUGGGGCUAAUAUACCUCAAUGGAAGGAGCAAUCAUCCUCUGGGGGCAAAAGGAAAUCAAAGGGAAGCCAAAGUAAUGGCAUCCCACCUGCAGAUCUCCAUAAAGAAAGAUUAAGGGUUGAUUCUGGUUCUGUAGUAAAAGAGAAAAGGAAGAAUACUUCCACUGGUGAUUACUCAUCUAAAAGUAAAAUAGAUGGUACAAAAUUGCACAAGGAAAAGGGAAAGAUAAGAGAUGGUUAUAGAGAUGUACUUGGUGAUGUAAAAGUGGAACAAUCAGAGUGCAGAUUGGACUCAGUAGAAAUGCCUUUUAAAGAUAGGCAGAAGAAUAAAAAAACCGAGGCUUUUGAUAAGGAAUUCCAAACAUCUGCUGACAAAACAAAAGAGCGAUCAAUUGGUAAAAAACCUGAUAGCUCACUGACCCAUGUUGAACAUCAGAAGGCAGCUCCAAUGACUGCUCCUGCUUUGGUAGAAAAUGGACCCAUUUCUGAUGGGGCUUCUGCAACUGUAGCUGCUGUGCUUAUACAAGAUAACUGGGUUUGUUGUGAUAAAUGUCAGAAGUGGCGACUCUUGCCAUAUGGUAUUGAGCCUGAACACCUUCCCAAGAAGUGGAAGUGUAGCAUGCUUACCUGGCUGCCUGGAAUGAACCGAUGUAACAUCAGUGAAGAAGAGACAACAAAAGCUGUGCAAGCAUACCAAGCCCCCUUUGCUCUCCUUGGAAACCAAAACAAUUUGCAAGCUCAGCCCAAUAUAGUGGCAACAGGUGUAAACUUGGUUGAUGUGCAGAAUCUUGGUCAAAACAAUCAGGAUUCUAGUUUGGUUGGUUUAUCUGCUGGGGGUAAGAAGAAACAUGGGCUAAAAGAAGCUAGUAUAUCUAACAGUACAAGUGUCAUAAACUUUUCAAAUUCAUCAAAGAAGAAUCAGCAGUCCUCUGUGAAAAGCAGAAGCUUAAAUGAUGUGACCAACUCUCCUUUGGAAUCCAGUCUGGCAAACAGGCCUGGAUUUCAGCAAUCAAAUAAGUCAGGUGACUUUGCUGGAGAAAAGCAUAUGCAUAAACAGAAAGAGAAGUACAAACUACCGGAACACUAUUCAGAUGGAGGUGAUGGCAAGCACAUGAAAAAUAAGAGGGAGUCUGAUCAAGAGGGUCUUAGAGCUUCUAAAAAAACCAAGAAAGAAGGUGCAUAUUAUGCUGAUGAAGAUAGAAAUUCUGACCAUGGUGGGGCCAUGGGGAGAGUGUUCCCAUGCUCAAGUGGUAGUUUACCAACAAAGGUGCUUGGAAAGGAUCUACAGAAAUACAACAAAUUUUCAUCUUCUAAGGACUCAAAGUGUAAUGCAAAAGAUGGUUCACUAGCUUCUGUAAAGAAACCAAAUGACCAUUUUCAGGUUUCUUUGGAUGGAGGAUCUUUGGAUAUGGGCAAAAACAAUAAAAUGGAUAUGGCUGCAAAGAAGAGGAAAGGGAAAGAGUGGCAAGGGAGUCAGAGUUACUCAGAGGCACUGCCAACUAGUGCACAUCAUCCACAAGACAGUGGGGUUCCUAUGAAGGUGGAAACUAGUGAGAGUGAACUGAGAAAGGACAAGAAAAUUAGGUUGUCCAAAUCUGAUGGAAGGGAAUCCAGUACAAGUAAGAGCGAAGGCAGAAAAGAUAAAAAAGGAAAGGUGACCCGGAUAAUCUUGUCUGGAAGUCGAGAUCAACCAGUUGAUGGAAUGGAAGAGGAAGGCAUAAGUUGUAUUGAAAAGGAACCACUACAGGGUCAACAAGAUUCAUUGAAAAGGGAUUCAGGGUUUGGACAACCUUCUGUUGCUGCCACUUCUAGCUCAUCAAAGGUCUCAGGCUCACGUAAAACUAAAAGCAACUUCCAAGAAGUUAAAGGCUCUCCUGUGGAGUCUGUUUCUUCAUCCCCUUUGAGGAUUUUUAAUCCUGACAAACUUAUGCCAGUAAAAAGAAAUGUUUCUUUGAAAGAUGAAACAUCUAAUUUUGGGGUUUCUGGCAUGGGUAGCCCGAGAAGAUGCUCUGAUGGUGAGGGUGGUGAUGGUGGGAGUCAUCGAUCUGGAAUAGUAAAGAAGGAGAAAACUUCCUCUGGCACUCAUCAUAGAUCAUUGGAAUCUUCUGUGCAGCAGGAUAGGGAUGCUUUGAGUGGCAAAAUAAAAAACCAGGCUGAACCUUCUUCCAAAUUUGGAAGCACCCAUUUGGUCAAUGGCGGUCCUGAUAACCUAGACCAGGAUAACCAUUGCCAUGAGGAGAGAGCUAAUAAUAGUCACUACCAUUCAAAUGGUUUGGUCCCACGGAAAUCUGGUAAAGGCUCUUCUCGGUCUAAAGACAAGCAUAGAAAUUCAAAAUCUGAUUUCGAAAAAGGAAAGGUCAGGGUCCCUGAUUCUUUCAGUGAGCAGGAAGAAUUAUAUUCAAUGAAAAGCUCUAGAUAUGUGGGAGAGCCUGAAUCUCAUGAUUGUUCACCUUCCCACGAAGAAAUGAGGGAUGGGAAAUACAACUUUAUGGAGAAGUGUGGCAUGAAACCUGACAAGGAUGAGAAAGGUCACUCAGGUAAGCAUGAUCAUGUAGGAAAAUGGUCUAGUGAAAGUAGUAGAAGAGAGAACCAGUCAAAACAUGGUGUCCAUGAAGGUUCAGGUGCAAAAUUGGAUCCUAAUGGCAGCAAGGAUGGGAAGCCAAUCAUCCAGCAGAACAUGCUGCAGGAGCGUGAGGGCGAACGAUCUUCAAACUGGAUUUCCUCAGAUAGAACUGACCGAAUGGAAAUUCCGUCAGGGAGAGGGAAGUCACACUUGUUAACACAUUCUGGAGAUAAACAAGAACCACAGUCUCUGUGUGGUCGAAUUGCACCUGGUUCCCAGACAGGAAGUGGAUCAGUGGUGUUUCCAGUUGAUGCCUCUGGUGGUGGCGAGGCAUUGAAAGCUCCAAAACACCCCAGGAAACCUGAUAACCAGAAUGGGUCUCAUUCUAAUAAUGUGAGGUAUGCCACACCUAAUGGAAUUGGAGUCAGGGAUCUUGAUGCUCCAAGUCCGCUUCGAAAGGAUUCUUCCAGUCAGGCUGCUGCUAUUAAUGCCUUGAAAGAAGCCAAGAAUCUUAAACACACUGCUGAUAGGCUUAAGAACUCUGCAUCAUACGUUGAAGCUACUGGGUUAUACUUCCAGGCAGCUCUGAAGUUUCUUCAUGGGGCCUCCCUUUUGGAGUGUAGCAUUGAGAAUAUAAGAUAUGGGGAGCAGAAUCAGUCCAUGCAUAUUUAUAGUUCUACUGCUGCACUGUGCGAAUUUUGUGCUCGUGAAUAUGAAAAAUACAAAGACAUGGCUGCUGCCUCUCUGGCUUACAAGUGUAUGGAGGUGGCAUACAUGAAGGUCAUUUAUUUCAAACACUCUACUGCAAGUAAAGACCAAACUGAGUUGCAUGGUGCUCUGCAAAUGGUUCCUCCAGGAGAAUCUCCCUCAUCAUCUGCUUCAGAUGUUGAUAAUUUAACCCACCAAGGGGUGCAGGAUAAAAUUGCUUCAACCAAGAGUACUAAUUCACCUCAUUUUGGUGGAAACCAUGUGAUUGUUGCACGCAACCGUCCAAGAUUUGAGGGGCUUCUCAACUUUGCUAAAGAAGCAGCAUCAGCAAUGGAAGCAUCAAGGAAGGCACAGAAUGCUUUUGCAGCUGCUAGUGUACACGGGGAAGAGGGACAAUAUGUGGAAGCUAUUUCCUCUGUUAAGCGAGUCCUUGAUUUCAGCUUUCAUGAUGUGGAGGGUUUUCUACGUCUUGUACGGGUUUCCAUGGAGGCUAUUAACCAUUGAUGUGUUAGUGGUGGUAGAGAUUAUUUCAUCUCUGUGAAUAUAUUGAGCUUCUUUGAUCUGUUUCCUCCAUAAGCCUUGAGGAAAAGAAAAGAAGCGGAGCUGGACCCCCUGGCCAUAUAAAGCAAUUCUUUGUGGAGGAAAGGGUUCUUCUGACUGAGCUUCUCUGUACAAUGUGUACAAAAUGACUUUGAUUUGCAGUUUUCAUAUUCUUUGUGAGCCUUUGGCUGGUUUUUCACAAGGGUAAGGAUGUCAACCAAUAAGUUUUGAAGAUUGGGAGGGCAAAUUUCUCUGUUUAUAUGUCAAAGCUUCUGCCACAAGGGUUGGAGGAGAUGCAGAAAUGAUGUUUUAUGGCUCCAUCUGGGUCAUAGCUGUAGAUGAUUGACAGAUUCUAAACCCAUUAGGAUUUAGGAAAUCAGCUAAAGGUGGCCUGAACACUGAUUUAGCUAGUUCUGAUUUUUGCCAUUUUUCUCACCAUCCGUGAAGGGUGUCAAAUUUUGUCCCUUUUUUGUAUUUUUGAAUUUAUUUGAGAAUGAAAAAAUGAAUGAUUCAGUAGAGGUUGCCUACCUGUUAAGAAUUUCCAAGCGUAGAUGUAUAAAUUCUUGCUUUUGAAUUCUUGUUGUACCAUAUCUUGCAUGCCCAAAGGCAAUAGAAGAGGUGACCUUGAGUAUGUUGCUUUAACAUGUUGCCUUAUGACCAUCUGUUGUUGCAAUCCAAAUGAUUGGUUCUGAUGAUAAAAGAGAGUAGGAUUGUAAAUAUACAUUCGUAUUAGAGAGAGAGGGAGGGCUUUGUAGGUACGAGUAUGAUGUUUAGGUUAUAGGAGAACUCACUGGUAGCACUCGAGUCUUGCUCUUCAACUAGAGGUUUAGCGGAACUCUAACAACUGUGCAAUUGGUGGCGUCUUUAGAUAUUUUUUUCUCUCCACCAGCAUAAUUCAUGUGCUAACUUUUAAUUAUUUUGUUUUUUUCAGGGUAAUUUCUCUCUACUUGUAUAUCAUUAUACUCUAUUCGAGACAUGCUGAUGCCACACAACUGUUCCAUUGGUGUGGAUAACCUGACAAUGAUUGGUUGUGAUGAUAAAAGAGGAAGGAAAAUGGAUUGCAGUGACGAUGGUGGCAGUAGGCAGUAGCAAAGUGCGAUUGUUGCCUUGGUGGACCUCCAUAAAGUGUUUCCUUUGUAUGAUUUGUGUACGAGAAAGCACUACUAUGAUUUUGAUCGCUCUCCUCUGCCUAUGUAUCAUAGCAACAAGCCAACAAUAUUGAUUUUUUAUUUUUUAUUUAUUUUUAUAUAACAAGAAAAGAAAAUCUGGAUCUACUUUUGUGAAGAUGUUUGCAAUUGUGCCACCAUUUCUGUAUGAUACAUUCUGUAGCUUGGUUGUUUCAUACGCA